GGAGCCGAAGCGGCGGCGGGGAGCGGGAGCAGACAGGCGGCCGACUCCAGCUCGGUGUUUGAGAACGUUUGGCUCCUCCUGCAGCCCUUGGCUGGUCAAGCCUGAAGCCCUGAGACCCAGGAAAGCUUACGGUACGGUUCAGCCUGAAGGCCUGCAGGUCAGGACCCUGGAAUCGCAGAUGUUUCCCCUCAAGACUGAUGGCACGGAGAAAAGCGGAUGUGUCACUGGACAGGAGGAAUUCAGUCUUAGGGAGGAACCCUGAGGAUACAGUGAAAACACAGUUCUGCGAAACAGAGUGCAGUCAAAGCUGAGAAUGGCGACAGCAUUGGUGAGUGCUCAUUCCCUGGCUCCCCUGAAUCUGAAGAAGCAGGGGCUUCAGGCAGUGAGGGAGGAGCACUACCCUCCUUGGGAACAGGGCUUCAAGCUGCAAGGAAGUAGCAAAGGACUUACACAGGAGCUGUUGUGCAGACAAUUCAGACAGUUGCGUUAUGAAGAGACCUCGGGACCUCGAGAAGCACUGAGCCAGCUCCGGGAGCUCUGCCGACAGUGGCUGCAGCCCGAGACGCACACCAAGGAGCAGAUCCUGGAGCUGCUGGUGCUGGAGCAGUUCCUGUCCAUUCUACCCAAGGAACUCCAGGCCCGGGUGCAGGAGCAUCAGCCAGAGAACGGGGAGGACAUGGUUAUUGUCCUGGAGGAUUUGCAGCUGGAACGUGGAGAAGCAGGACGACAGGUGGACCCAGAGCAGACAAAGAAACAAAACAUAGCUGUGGAGAAGACAGCUCCUCUCACAGCAGUGCAGGAGCAGCAGGUCCAGCCGGAGUGGGAAGCUCCAAAACCCGAGAGAGAGAAGGGUGAGGAGACAAGGAUUGAGAAUGGGGAACUUGCUAUAGUGACAGACUCUAGUGGAACAAUAGAAUCAUCUGGGAAAAUACCUAAACCCACAGAGGCUCACGAUGAGGACUGUGACUUGGAAAGGCAGCAGGCCAAGACCCAGGAGAAGACCGACUGCAAAUGCUCAGAAUGUGGGGAGGCGUUCAUGCGCCACUCUGAUCUGACUGAACAUGAGCGAGCACACACGAGAGAGAGACCCAGCGCAUCUGAACUGUGUCAGAGUUCUAGUGUUACUGGACAUCAGGAAAUCCUUUCUGGAAAGAAAGGUCAUCAGUGUCCUGAGUGUGGGAAAGUCUUUCAGAGGAGUUCUCACCUUGUCAGGCAUCAGAAAAUCCACCUUGGUGAGAAGCCCUAUCAGUGCAAGGAGUGUGGAAAUGUCUUCAGCCAGAACGCAGGCCUCCUGGAGCACCUCAGAAUCCACACUGGAGAGAAGCCUUACCUGUGUAUCCACUGUGGAAAGAACUUUAGGCGCAGCUCUCACCUCAAUCGCCACCAGAGAAUUCACAGUCAAGAGGAGCCCUGUGAGUGCAAGGAGUGUGGAAAAACCUUCAGUCAGGCCCUGCUCCUCACCCACCAUCAGAGAAUCCACAGUCACGCCAAGAGCCAUCAGUGUAAUGAGUGUGGGAAGACCUUCAGUUUGACCUCAGACCUUAUUCGACAUCACAGGAUUCACACUGGAGAGAAACCUUUCAAGUGUACCAUAUGUCAGAAAGCCUUCCGUCUAAACUCACACCUCUCUCAGCACGUGAGAAUCCACAACCAGGAAAAACCUUAUGAGUGCAAUAAAUGUGGAGAAGCCUUCCGGCAGAAGUCCGGUCUUUUUCAGCAUCAGAGAUACCACCACAAAGACAAACUGGCUGGAUGAGGUGGCCUGUGCUUGUAGAGCAUCAAAGAGAAUGCAUUUGACAACCAAACAGCAGUUUAGGGAAAGUUACUCCGACCAACUCUGGCAUCAGAGGAUUCCUGAGGACCAAGCAAGUCCCUCCCCAUUAUUUUCCUUGACAUCAGGUUUGUACAACAAUAAUUUCACUCUGGAUGAUACUGUGGCACCAAAGUUAAACACCAUUCUCUACCACAGGACUUCUCAGAGUCUUUAACAUGAGAAAUUCAUGAUCGUGUGUUUCUGGAUAGUAGAGAGCCUCCCGACGCACAGAGAGCGCUUCCAAGUCAGCAGCAAGUCACAGAUUUUUAGGUUAAAAUGUAACCUAUAAAGGCAGGUUAGUAUUUUUGCUUAUGCUAUAGCAACAGAUUCCUAUAAAAUAAAACUAACGAUUUUUAGAAAUUUACCACUCUCAAAAGUAUCUUAAAGUACAGGUUAAUGGUGAACAUUUUACACCACUGAUUUCAUCCUCUCCCUCCCACUGGCUUUACCCCCCUCCCUCCCCUUCCACAAUCAGUGGAAGCAUUUUGGAAAGCAGUUUUUUGCUGGUUAACUACAGAACGUGCCCUCAGGGUUAACCUCUUGUUUUACAUUUUUCCACCGCCAACCCUGCAACAUUACCUCACUGAUUCAAGUUAUGUCAAAGUUUUACUUAGGCUAUGGAAGAAAUUUCAGGAGACAUUUGAAUGAACUGUGCUGAAUUAAUGCACAUAGCAUCUGUCUCACUUGAUGACCCCAGUGCCAGUGGAGUGGCUACUGCAUUGACACUGUUCCAUAACUGAUGGUGAAAGUUGGACUUUUUUCCUUUAAUACUGAUGAUGCAAUUUUAAAAUGUUGCUUGUUUGGAAAUUUUGUAAAAGGUUUGUACAACAAUAAAAUAAAGUCAGUUUAAGAGAU